GAAUCAAACCGGAUCAAACCGAGACAUCGAUCGUCACGCACAUUUUCACACUCCAACUGCAUCUCUUUCCAUCGUUUGUAUCUAUCAUCUCUCUCUCGCGCGAUUAUUACCCAGAAUUCGCUGGAAUCAUCAACCUUUCCCCAUCAGUCUCUCAGAUAAAAAAAAAAAUGGAUCCGAUUGCUUCGGCGGUGGAGAAAGUGAAGAGCUUUGCGAAAUCGAGCCAGGACUUAGUCUCCCGCCACUUCGGCUUCCACGACAACCCUUCCCGCCAGAAUCCGAUUGAUAUCUUGAAGCGGUUGCAAAGAGAAGCCUUCUCUGAUCUGAUGAAGCUCAGAGACAGACAAGAGAAAGUUGAGCGGAUACUUUCCUCAUAUAAACUCUCCAAAGGAGGUCCCUUUCAAGAGACUAGCACUCACGUGAAGGGUGAAGUUCACGCCCUUGGGGGAAUGCUGCUGAUGGGAAACACUGACGAGGAGAGUUUCAUUGGACUCGAGAGACAAGGAGUGAGACCUGGAUUGCUUUCAAGGUUCGUGUUCGAAACGAGCCUUAGGGAGACGGAUAAGCUUGUGGCUGAGCUCGUUGCUGGAUUCAAAGGAGAGCACAGUGAUGGUGUUUCAGGGAAACAGCUGUCUUUAGCCAAAGUCUUUUACAAGGCAGAGGUUAAUGAUUGGUUCUCUGCAGUUGCUAUUCCCGUUGGCGCGCGUUUCAGAGACAUUGAUGCUGAUGCUCUUGUGUCUUCUUACGAGGGGAUGAAUUUUACAGAAGUUUCUGAACUUGGACCACCUCUUUUGAACCAACAUAAUGGUAGUGCCAUAGGAUUAACAGUCAGAAAGUCAAACAUGGCAGCUUCGCUGGCCCAGUCCAUCACAAACCUUGAAGUUGAACAGGGUUUAACUGCGAGGAGUCGCUGUCUCAGAACUUUUGGGCAAGUAACCUGCCACAUUCUGAGUGGUGUGAAACUAUCUCUACUGGGCUGUCACCAGAUUUUAUCACCGCCUAACAGCCUCCAUUACCCUGCUGGAGCUGUUACAGUUCCAGUGAGUUUCCUAAGGCGCCGUAUUGAUAUUGAUAUGGAGUCUGAAUCAUCAGCAACGACUCUGGAGAUGAGAAGAGGCGUGGAUCAUGUGUCGUCUAGCUCCAUUGCUUUGAAGGUAGACAGCUCUCUAAUGGACGAGUGUACGAGGAUUGGGGGAUGGAUUGAGAUUCAAAAGUCAAGAGAGAAGGAAGUGAAAUGGUCAGUGUCUAUUACAGACAAACCAGAGGAUGAAGUGGGAUGGGGCAUGAGCGUUGGGGGAGUCUUGGAUGGUUCAAGAAAUCAUGAUCUGUUUCAAGUGGAAUCUUAUCUCAAAUUCAACAUAGGCAAUCGGUUUAGCUUAAGUCCUGGUCUUGUUUAUCUCACAAACAGUAACGGAAGAACGGUAGGUUUCAUGCUUCAGUCUCAUUGGUCCCUGUGAUUCUUUAAUGCUAGUCUUUCCAAGUACAUUCUUGGUUCUAUUUAA